AUGAAUCAAGUUGUUGGUUAUUCACCCUGCUGGAUACAAGGCAGUAGAAUUGAAGAAAUAAUUUGGAUCGGCAGGGACGUGCUUGCCUGGUGCACCGGUUUGUACAUCGUAUUUUUUCACGUCGUCGAGAAGCGGCAGACAUUGCGUUGGUGCUGGAACAAUGCGACCGGCGACGGUGUUCGUUGCAUAUCUAGUCAUGUGUCCUCGCCAAUUUUCGCCUUCUCUGAGAGAUCGCUGAAUCCGCGAAUCUUUGUCCUCGCUUAUCCUUCGAUGACGAAGAUCUGCGAAUGCAUUCAAGGAUGCGAAAGCGGUUACUUGGAGAUCGCGUUCACGUCUCGCGAUCACCUCGUGUCGUUGGGCUCUUACCCGAACUUCCCGAUGAUCGUAUGGUGCUGGAGAACAGGCGAGAAAAUGGUGAUUAUGGAUACGCCUAUACGUGACGAAGUCGGUCAAAUACUCAGAAUAACUCCGGUAGGACGCACUAUCAUUGGUCAGAUGGGAAAGACUUGCGGAAGAUUGCUGACUUGGGAACUCGAUGUUAUCGGCAAGAUUGUCAUCCUGAAAGAUUACGAAGUCAAAUUACCGGAGGAAGCUAUGAUCUUCGGCAUCAGCUGGUGCCCCACGUCGAGUCAUCCUUUACUGGCCAUCACCGAUGAAAAUGGUCACAUAUAUUUGAGCGACUACGACGGUACUAAUGUUCGCCGCAUCGUUGUUUCGCAACGCUGCGGAAUUUGCAUCGAUACCGAGAUACCGGCCGUGUGCUGGUUUCGCGAAGGGAUUAUCCUCAGGACGACCUUCUGUCAGAUCCGCUAUUUUAAGGAGGAUCCGAAGAUCAGCUCUUGGCGCAAGCAGUGGUACGUCAAAUCGAUUUACAAGCCGCAUAUACUGGUCGCGCAUCCCUUCAGGAACGAUUGGCUCUUCUAUUAUACUCUCGAGGGAUACCUGAUGCAGAUAGUCCUCCCCGAGGACGAAGGCACCACGCCAACAAUCUACAGAUACUUAUACCAUGGCAGUAAAUAUCAAUUUGUCGAUUUCCUGUACCCUUGGUGUCAUCAUCUCGCGGUGACGGAUGAACUCAAGGAGUUGACCAUCCUCGAAUGCUACAGUGGCAGUGAAGUCGCGAAAGUAGAGCUCGACAUGGAAGGAGUUAUAUCCGCUCAAACGUCACAUCCGAAUGAUCCAAUGAUCGCCGUUAUCAGCGAUCAAGGUGAAAUGACGAUCGUAGGUGUCACUAAUCCGGAACAACCAACGAUACUGACAUAUUUUCGUCUUCAGAGAAAAUCCUUGGAUCUCAUAAAAUUCUCUCUCUCUGGCAAAUUCCUGAUCGCCGCGCAAAAGGAUACGGGCAAUUGCUAUUGCAUAGACCUGCGGCGCGACAAGCCGUGGAGCGUGAUCGCCCAGCUCCGGACGAGGAGGCGCCUCGUCGAUCUGGUGCUGUACGACGACGAAGCACGUAGGAGCCUGAAAGUGUUCGCGCUCUACGUCAAGCAUCAGCUGUGCUCCGCGGCGGGUCAUCAAUUUCUCGUGUACGAUGUGUCGUACGACGUGUCGCAGGAUCGCUUGAUCGACGAAAUUAGCGACAUAGUAACACUACCAGCGCUCUUCUGCGAGUUGUCUCAAGCGCCCGGCAGUGGCCUAUUGCUGAUAGGCUCGCCUUAUCUAGAACGGCAAUUAUGCGCGUUCAGAUUGCAGCGCGACUUCACGAUUGCGACUUUGACAGAUGCGACAUUCACGGGCCAUCACGUGCGUCUCGCCCACGUGUUUACCGAUCAAUGUUGGAUCGUCACGUGUGCCUACGACGGAUUGGUCGUCGUCCGCGACAGAACGAUACGUCAGAUUGUCGCUGCGGUGCCGGCGCAUCACAGACUCGAUUCAGGUAGCCGAAGAGCGAUCAUCGAUCACGACGGUGGCAUGGUGAUCGCUAUUGGCCAGGAUGGAUCUUUAAUCGCGGUGCGCAUUCAUCGUUUUAAAAAUAAAAAGGAGAGCGAAGAGUUAGCUACGAUUGAGACAAAAAGUACUUAUCCGGUGAAUCAUGGAUGGUACGAGGAGCAGAAGGAGAAGAUACUAUCCGAUUACGCUUCUCUGGAUCCGGCGAUUCGUGCCUCGUUGACUCGUACCAGACAGGAUUUCCCAGCAGCCGAUGAGAGGAAAUACGGAUCCUGGGAGGAAUGGCGAGAAGACGUGCAACUGGAGAAAGAGGCAAGAUUCUACGCCACGGAGAAGGCUGCCAUUAUGAGGGAUCUGGCAGCCUUGAAAGCCACCGUAAAACAGCUUCUCGACGCCAACGAGACUUGUCCAGAGAUGGAGAGACUGCCAGUGUCCGCGUUCGAUCUGAACAAGACGGAUCGCGAUCAGAAAUUGAAGACAGCUAAGGACGAGCGUGAAGACGUUCGCAUGGAGCUCGAACAUCUCUGCGCUUCUACGAAUCGUGUAGCCGAUUGGAUCAAGACGACUUUCUGGGAUCCGCAAAUCGUGCUCGGUCGCUCGAUAUUUUCCUUUCGCGGUGACACGGAAGUGACGAACUAUCCGCUCGUCGAGGAAGAUCCGUAUUUCAAAGAUCAUCUACAAUGGGCGCAGUUUGCCAGAGAUUCGGUGCGUAGCAUCGUGGACGAUACUUUUCAGCCAUGGCGCAAUUACACGGACCAUCAACUUCGCGCAGAAUUGAGUAAACCCGUCAGAGUGUAUCACGAAGACAAGAAACGCAGGAUGGAUGUGCUUCUUGAAGACGAGGAGCGCGAGACCGAUCCUGAGGAGCUGGCAGAAUUGCGGGCGGUCGAAGGCAUGACGACGCAUCGGUUCGUCGAGCAAUCGCCUUACUAUUACUCGCAGAUGGAGUCUUACGGGUUCGCGCACGUGACGUUAGACGAUCGUUAUCUGAUGCACGAUUAUAGCAAGCUCCGUGCCUACUUCAACGAGCUCUUCGACGACAUGUACGCGGCGAAGGAGCGGGAAAUGAGCGCAAUACGGGAGAGGAACGAGAGGAUACGUCAUAUAGACGCCGAGCUGAGGAUAAUGUUCGGUCAGAGCAUGCUGCAGGUUUCUGUUGAUCCGCAGUGGCAUCCCAAGGAGAAAGUAGAGAAUAUCAUUCAAGUGCUUCCUGAAGAAGUCGAAGCAAGGCCGUAUGUGUCACCAUCGCAGCAGGAAAUUCUGGACAGUCAGGCAUUGGAAGUCGAACGAAUCAGACAAUUGUUGAUGGCCGAUGAUUUUCGCGAACGCGCCCUGAUGAAGAUGAUGGACGGCGUGCUGGAAAUUCGUUGGGAGGAGAUCAUCAAAAUAGAUGUGCGUAAGCCCGCGUGCAUGAUGGAAAAACAGCCGCAGCAAUAUACACCUGACGAUAUUAAGGCCGUAAAGAAGUACGAAGCGGAUGUAGAAGUUCUUCGACAAGAACGCGAACGUUACAAGAGGAUGCUCGAGGCAGAUUAUGCUAAAAUCAGUGGACUUCUGCAAGAAGGCAUCGACAAGUUUGAUGCUAAAUUGAAAGAUUUCUUUCAGUUGAAGUUAACAAUCGAAGCGGCGAUGAAUCAAUUGAAGCUACGACAUAUUCGCGGACGUAUGCGAAGUCUAGCGCGAGUCGAGGCUGUGCGAGAGGAUGACAAGGUGAAACGAAAGAUAUCCGAGAAACGUCAAUACGAGGUCGAGCUGAAGGAACACGUGUGGAAGUUGCAUGACAUUUACCAAUACUUGCUCACGCAACACGACGCACUCUGCAUUCGCGAGAAGGCGAUGGCGAAGAAGCUACAAUAUGAAUUCGCUGCGCUGUCAAAAGUCAACAUGGAGCUUCUUGAACAACAGUACAAGCGAAGACCGAAGGUGUCCUUGAAGAACGUUGCUGCUCCUGAUCUGCUCAUCCUCGCGCAGCAUCUUGUAGAUCAUACUCAGUCCGCUUAUUUACCGAUAGAUUGCAUAGAUUAUUCGAAGAUUCUCGACAAUCUCGACAUGAGACCUGAUGGAUUACCACAAUCGAUCGACGCGAAUCACUGGAAUCACUUCACCCAAUCGCGUCGCCAGAAAAUUAACAUAGAACUGAAGCUCAGAGCUCAGCAGCUGGAGAUAGCCAUGGUCGAGCAGACGAUCGUGAUAUUCGAGCAUAAGAUCGAUGCUUGCAAAUCGAGCAUGGACCUCCUCAGGACUCAAUUGAAGAAGGCGAGGGACGAGCGGGUGAUGCGCGAGCAAGAUGCCGAGAUACAACUGGUACUCAAGAGGGGUCAGGUGGAGCUAGAGCUGCAAGGUGAACGACGCGACACUGCGGAUGCCAUUUUAGUGCCGCGUAACGAGAUCGAGCAAGUUAACGAGCACAUUAUCGCCGCGGGAGCACGCAAACUGAACGCUCUGAAGCGCACGAUCGACUUCCGUCAUGGGAUAUUGUCGGCCGAGUGGGAACAUCGUUGCCUGAGAAUGCGUUUCAAGGAAUUAAAGGAAGAUCUGCACUUUCUGAGGGACCUCACGGUCACUCGGGACAUGCGAAUGUACCUGAAGAGGAAGGCGAAGGGACUGCGCGAGGAUAAAACUGCGGUGAGUCUCGAGACGGAAGUCGAGCUCGCGAAGAAAUCUCUGGAUAAAGCCUUGUCCAAGGAAAUGGACAAGCUGGAAAAUCUCCGACGGAAGAUCGCUUGCGUGAAGAAAAAGAACGCCGAGCUCGACCGGACAAUCGUGGAAAUGAACGUGGCAAGAUGGGAUUUGGAGUAUCAACGUGAUGUCGCUGGAGAGACAAGACAAUGCCAGCACAUGGAUCGGAAGAUGCGCCUGUUUAAACAGCGAUCCAAUCUAAUUAGGAAGCUUCAGGAUAAUUAUGCCGAGCUGUUGGUGUUACAGAUCGAGCGCGAAUUAUUGCAACUACGAACGUAUCCAACAUUGGAAUGCUUCAAAAUAUUAGGUAAUGAGGAUAAAAUAUAUUAA